UGUGCUUGUGAGCUUGUGCUGCUGUUUCUGUUUUGUUUGUAGUAUAAUUUCCUUGAAUUUGUUUUUCUGUUAGGCUAUUGAAAAUAAUUUUGUUUAGGGUUAGGUACACUAUUUAAAGCCUCAAUUAUUAAUAUUCUUAUUCAUAUUUUUCAAUGUGUGAGUUAUGACAGUUGUGCACUUUUAAUAAUUUGUAAUACGCAAUAGUGAGGAAUUAUGUGCAUUAAUAGACUAAUUUUUUAUCGCACAAAAAAUAAUCGAAAGAGGAAUAAAAGAUGGGACUGUUUAAACACUUUUGUAUCAUACAUUUCACCUUCCUCUUGUUGAUUUCAUUACUCUUGAGAACAAAAUGCUUGGUUCUUGGGAGCACAACCUCUGAACACCUACAGGAAAAGGAUGUCCACCGGCAGUCCACAGGUCUUAUCAAGGAUGCGGACUCCCUCCUGGUACUAUCCAUGCUUGACGGCUCGCUCAUCGGCGUUGACCACCUUACAGGACUUGUACGUUGGCGGCUGCACAAUGAUCCAGUUGUGAAAGUACCUCCAGGCUCCAAAAGUGCUUUAGAACCAGUGUUUCUCCCCGACCCCAAGGAUGGUUCGUUGUACAUGCUGGCCUCAGGGCCGACCACCGGCAGGAUGUCGACACUCAAGAAGCUUCCGUUCACCAUCCAACAACUGGUGGCUUCCUCACCUUGCCGGGGCAGCGACGGAAUGUUCUACACAGGACGGAAAAUAGACUCAUGGUUCUCAGUGAAUUGGAAAACGGGGAAGAAGACACCAGUUUUGAGCUUUGACCAGCUGGAAAAGUCUUGCCCUGUGCCUGCCUUGGAUGACAUUUUCAUCGGGAGGACAGAGUAUAACAUCUUGAUGUACGACAGCAAGAACAAGAACAGACAAUGGAAUGUUACGUUUUUCGAUUACUCCACCCAGACCAUGAGCUCUGAGGACGUGACUAACUAUGGGUUUGUUCACUUCGGUGCCUCGUCUAGUGGCCGAGUGUCUACGUACGACAGGUCGAGUGGUCGUCUGCUGUGGGACAGAGACUUUGGCUCUCCUCUGGUCGGAGUAUUCCUGAGGCAGGAUCAGGAUGUUACCUCGGUUCCCUUCACUUCAGUCGAGGACAAGACCCUGGACAGACUGGCGCUGAGUCAUGACCGGGAUCAGUUGUAUCCCAGUCUAUAUGUGGGCGAGCACCGUCACGGCUUUUACGCAUUGCCGACUCUCGUAGGACAACAUUCCUCUCUGAUACUGCCUACGCAGGCUGUACUGUUGAUCGAAGGACCUAACACCACUGACACACCCAACUCUCUCCUCGGCCACUACCCAGUUCCGGACUACAGCACUACAAGGCUACAAAUCGCGGGCAGGUCCGAUGUCAUCAUCCCCCCGGUGAUGGGGGGCUUCAACGGCUCCAAGGUGGGUGGGGGGGUCCCCACUGCACCCGCAAGAACCCCCCAAAACACCCCCGCAGUUGUAGAGUGGUUUGUGGCAUUGGAGCACAAGCCACUGUACUUCUUUGUGUUUUUGCUGAUCGUCAGUAUGGCAGCAUUGUUCUUCUAUGUUCAGGCCCAGGUACAGGCCCUGCAGCAGUCGCAGCACAGUUCACGAGGAUCGUCCCGAGAUUCGUGGGGAUCUGCAGUAACUGCUGCCUCAGAGGUUAUGUCAGACGGUACCGUACGUGUUGGCAAGAUCAACUUCGACACCACACAAGUCCUUGGGAAAGGCUGUGAAGGGACAUUUGUGUUCAGGGGACAGUUUGAGAGCCGAGCUGUUGCUGUGAAGCGCCUUCUGCCCGAGUGCUUCACUGUAGCGGACCGAGAGGUCAGUUUGCUUCGGGAGUCAGACGCUCAUGCAAACGUUGUUCGCUACUUUUGCACCGAACAAGACUCACAGUUUCGUUACAUUGCCCUGGAGCUGUGUGCCGCAACAUUGCAGGACUAUGUUGAGAAGCAAGUUUUCAACGAGUUCCUCAACCACCGUGAUGUUCUCAGCCAAGCCACCUCUGGAUUGUCUCACUUACAUUCCUUAAAUAUAGUUCAUCGAGAUAUUAAGCCACACAAUGUGCUUCUGUCGAUGCCCACCAUUGGAGGACAGGUCCGUGCAAUGAUCUCAGACUUCGGCCUCUGCAAAAAGUUGCAGAAUGGACGAACUUCAUUCUCCCGUCGUUCAGGUGUAACAGGGACUGAUGGAUGGAUUGCACCAGAAAUCAUUCUUGGAAACAGUAGAACGAUGUGCCAGGUGGAUAUAUUCUCCCUCGGAUGUGUGUUCUACUACGUGUUGAGUCAAGGGAGACAUCCGUUUGGUGACACUCUGCAUCGUCAAGCCAACAUCCUGUCCAACUCUUACAAGUUGGCAGGCCUGAGUGUGCUCUGGCAGGGGUUGGUAGAACUGAUGAUCAGCUGUGAACCACACCACAGACCACCAGCUGAUGUGGUUCUGCAUCAUCCAGCUCUCUGGGACAGUUCAAGAGCACUGACCUUCCUCCAGGACUGCAGCGACCGUGUGGAGAAAGAGGAUGUAACAGGGCCUGUGUUGGCAACCCUGGAAACAGGAGCAUCAUCUGUGUGUGUUAGAGACUGGCGGUCAGCUGUGGACGACGAAGUGACGGCAGAUUUGCGCAAAUAUCGGAGCUACCGUGGUGACAGUGUGCGCGACUUGUUGAGAGCACUACGUAACAAGAGACAUCACUUCAGGGAACUUUCGCCCUCUGCUCAAGAGCUCCUAGGGUCUACAGCGGACAGCUUUACAUCAUACUGGCUCUCAAGGUUCCCCCUCCUCCUACCUCACAGUUGGGUGGCCAUGCAGUGUGUGAGGCAAGAACCGUUGUUUGUCUCUUACUACCAAGGCAACUACACAUUUCCCCCACCACCCACAGACAGCACACUGCCUCCGUGGUAUGAAGAGAAGGUUCAGGAACUUCUCGAACCGAAAAAACAGCCGAGUAAAUCACCAAGACACCUACGCAGAGGGAGCGAUUUGAAUGACAACUCUUCACCAAAAGAUAGAAGAAAGUUUGCAGAAGACUCACCAAAAGACAAGAGAAAGUUUGGAGACGAAUCGCCGAGAAAUACGAGAAAACAAGGGGAGGGAAAUGAAAAUGAAGAGGUGGAAAGAGAGAAUUGGUUGAAGAGCGGCCAAGAGAAAGGAGUGUAUAGACCGAGAAUGAGGAGAAAACCGAGGAAGAAAGAGGAAGAGAAUAUAGUUUGGACAGUUCCUACCACUUGAACUGUACCUUUUAAGGUUUUUAUGGUAUUAAUUAAUGCUUAAGUCUUAAGCAGGAUAUAAAGGGAGAGCAGUAUUUGUCAUUUAAGUUUCAUCAACAAUGGCGAUGCAGCAGAUAUACUGCCCUUCAACA